AUGGUCACCCUCAGCAACCCACUCGCGCGGCAGCCAGAGUCGUAUAGUAAGAAGAAAGAGUACACAUUCAACAAGACCAUCGGAGAAGGCACUUUUGGCAUCGUCAGAUCAGCAACAUGGAAAGCAGCAGAUCCUCCCAUCGAUGUUGCCAUCAAGGUCAUUGCGAAAAAGAACCUCAAAGGUCACACGGAGCUCGUGGAAGGCGAGAUGGAGGUGCUGAAAGGUUUGGAUCAGCCUCAUAUUGUGAAGUUUCUGGACUGGUUCGAAUCGAAAGAUAAGUUCUACCUCGUAUUUGAGGAAGCAACCGGCGGCGAGCUGUUCGAGCGCAUACUGCAACGCGGCAGAUUCACCGAAGUAGACGCAGCGCGGGUGAUCAAAGCAGUAACAAGCGCUAUUCAAUAUCUACAUCACUACAACAUCGUACAUCGCGAUGUAAAACCGGAGAAUAUCCUUUAUCGCUCCAAGGCCGAGGAUGCCAAUGUUGUCCUCGUCGAUUUUGGCAUCGCAAAGCAUCUAAAAAAUGAAGAUGAGGUGCUCACCAGCGUAGCAGGCAGCUUGGGAUACGCUGCGCCUGAAGUUCUGGCAAAGAAGGGGCACGGCAAGGCGGUGGAUAUGUGGGGCAUAGGAGUAAUUUGUUACACCCUCCUCUGCGGGUAUACACCAUUCCGGUCGGACGACCCGAGCAAGUUGUCGGAAGAGACACAGCGGGGUAAGAUUGAAUUCCACGACCGCUAUUGGAAGAAAGUCAGCAAUGAGGCGAAGGACUUUGUCAAGGCGUGCCUGACGGUUGAUGCAGCCAAAAGGCUUACGGCAGAUGAGGCGAUGAGGCAUCCCUGGCUGACAGACCCAGCCGGUGUAGCGCCUGAGCACGACAUCAGUGCCGGCCUGCGCGAGAAUUACCGACGGAGGUGGAAGACGGCGAUCAAUGCUGUGCGUGCUGGAGCGCGCUUCAGGACGAUCGCAGUGCUUGCGGGACAGCAGAAUGCAGCUGCGUCAGGAGGAGGGGGAGGAGACACACACGCGAGCAAGAAGAAGCAGAAGCACGAGCUCAUUUCGGAUGGUGAGGAUGAGGACGGGGAGGACGAGUUCUAUGACAUGGACGACAAGCCGCGCCCGAGCGAUGAGGCCAGCCUGAAAAAAAACUGA